AACUUUGUUUGUUGAAUGGUUUCCCUUUUUUUCUUUCAGGCUUUCCCUUCCUCUCCCAUGUUAUCUCUGGCCUGCCGAGGCUUUCAGACAAGUUCUCAGGUGCAGGAUGUGGAUUCUGCUGCUAAAUUUAUUGGUGCUGGAGCAGCUACUGUAGGUGUUGCAGGUAGUGGAGCUGGUAUUGGUACAGUGUUCGGCAGUUUAAUCAUUGGUUAUGCCAGGAAUCCUUCCCUCAAGCAACAACUUUUCUCAUAUGCUAUUCUUGGCUUUGCCUUGUCUGAAGCUAUGGGUCUUUUCUGCUUGAUGAUGGCCUUUUUAAUCCUGUUUGCCCUGUAAACUGUAGACUUGAUCCAGAAGUGGUCAAUUCCUGCCAAUAGUUUUAUUGAAUGGCUUUCUGGAUGGGCUUUUGUGUGCUUGUGCUAAUUUUAUUUUGUGAAGAAAUAACUGUGAUGGUCUGAAAUAAAGCACCUUGUGUAAACUUUU